GCAGAUGGGGGUGGGGGGGCCUGGAAAGCGAUCUGCCCAGUCUGACACACACGCACACACACACACACACAUACGCUCCCAGCGCCACAGACAGGCAGCAGCUCCGUUACCUCCACAGCAUCCACACCUCCUUCUGUCAGCACCAGCUCUGGAGCCCCGCUCACAGGAUCGCCUUCACUGGAGGAGAGAAAACAUUACAAACUGGCUCUGGAGAGACGAGGCGCCCGCGACUGCUUUCCAAACUCCGUGUGAUGGCGGUGGGUGGGCUUGUUUAGGUGGAUUUUGGACUGUUUGGAGGUAAACACGAGAGGAAACUGCUCUAUUAGUCCAAAGCCAUGGACGCGCACAAACUCCCCGCAGCUGCUGCUGCACUCUUAGCGGUACUGCUGGUCUCUGUGUUCAGCUGGGUCUCCUCCGUCCAGUUCCCCGACUCACAGCAGGCUCGGGAAUGGGCGGAUCACAUACAGGAGGACCUCGUGCAGCUGAUUAACGCUGAGAGUGGCAUGGAGCAUCUCGUUAAGACUUUUCAAGAUCUCAAGGAACGUUACAGUGUGGAAGAGAACAACGCUCAGCAGCUGGUGGCCAACGCUGCCCUCAACAUUGAAAAUCUGCUGGCCAACCGCUCCAAGGCUUUAAAGACUCUGGCUAAAAAAGCUGAAGAUUUACAGAUGGAGCACCAGUGGAAAGAUGAUAUAAGUGAGGAGGAUGUCGCUAAAUAUUACAAUGCAAAAGUCGAGCUCAACGCCACAGAAGCAGAAAGACCAAUCAAAUUCAAAAAAGACCCAGUCUUUAAGCGCCUCGUAUCAUACAACUCCACAGCUGUUCAUAUCCCCACUGACAUCUAUGAGGGCUCCACUAUAGUUCUGAAUGAGUUGUCCUGGACGGAAGCACUGGAUGAGACGUUUAAGAAGAAUAAGGAGGAGGACCCCUCACUGCUGUGGCAGGUGUUUGGCAGCGCUACUGGACUGGCCAGAUACUUCCCAGCCUCCCCGUGGAUGGAUACUAGGAAAACUCCCAAUAAAAUCGACCUGUAUGAUGUACGGAGGAGGCCAUGGUACAUUCAAGGUGCAGCCUCACCUAAGGACAUGCUGAUCUUGGUGGAUGCGAGUGGGAGCGUGUCCGGAUUGACGCUAAAGCUAAUCCGCACUUCUGUUAGCGAGAUGCUGGAGACACUCUCUGAUGAUGAUUACGUCAAUGUAGUUUCUUUCAGUGCAGAGGCCCAGCCAGUAGCCUGCUUCAAUAACCUCGUCCAGGCCAACGUUCGCAACAAGAAGAUCCUAAAGAAAGCAGUGCAGAACAUCACAGCCAAUGGUACCACCGACUACAAGAAAGGCUUCAGGAUGGCCUUUGAUCAGCUCUCUUUGUUGAAUGUGUCAAGGGCAAACUGCAAUAAAAUCAUCAUGCUCUUUACGGAUGGAGGAGAAGACAGAGCGUCUGAGAUCUUUGAUGAGUUCAAUCGUGAUCGAAAGGUCCGCAUCUUCACUUUCUCCGUGGGCCAACACAAUUAUGAUAAGGGACCUAUCAAGUGGAUGGCCUGCUCAAAUAAAGGCUAUUACUAUGAGAUUCCAUCUAUUGGAGCCAUCAGGAUCAACACACAGGAGUACCUGGAUGUGUUGGGCAGACCCAUGGUGAAAGCUGAUGAGGAAGCCAAGAAAGUGCAGUGGACGAACGUCUACCAGGAUGCGCUGGAGCUUGGCCUGGUCAUCACAGGAACGCUGCCAGUGUUUAACAAGACUGGCAAGACAAGCGGCAAGGACAAGAGCAAGCCGGGUAGUGAAAAUCAGCUGAUCCUGGGUGUGAUGGCCAUCGAUGUGUCUCUGGACGACAUCAAGAGACUGACUCCACGCUUCACUCUCGGCCCAAAUGGAUAUUACUUUGCCAUCGACCCGAAUGGAUACGUGCUGCUUCAUCCCAAUCUUCUGCCAGAGAACACCAGGUUUGAGGAGCCGGUGACGUUAGACUUCUUGGAUGCGGAGUUGGAGAACGAGAAGAAAGUGGAGAUUAGAAAGAUGAUGAUAGAUAAAGGAAAAGGCAGUGAGACCUUCAGCACACUGGUGAAGUCCCAAGAUGAGCGUUACAUAGACAGAGGCCUGAGAACAUACACUUGGGCUCCAGUCAAUGAAGCUGAUUACAGCCUUGCCUUAGUUCUCCCUGAUUACAGUGUUCAUUACAUCCAGCCCAGGAUAGGAGACACCAUCACCCAGGCCAAAUACUGGAGACCCUUCGAUCAUUCUGAGGACAAUGUCUCUGAAAGCCUACAGGUGGAUAAGUUUGAUGAGUAUGGAUAUACCUUCAUAGCUCCCAGAGAGUACUGCAAGGACCUAAAGCCGCAGAGUAGCAACAACACAGAGUUCCUGAUCGAGUUCAACGAGUACAUUGACAGGAAGACGCCCAACCAUCCGCUGUGCAAUGUGGAUCUGGUAAACCGGUUGUUGCUGGACGCUGGUGUUACAUCUGAAAUGGUGAAACAGUGGCGUACACAGGACUUGAGUGAACGAAUCAGCGCAAGGUUUGUGGCCACAGAUGGAGGCAUUACCAGGGUCUAUCCCAAGAGUGCUGGUCUAGAUUGGAAUGAGGAACCAGAGACAUAUGAGUCCAGUUUCUACAAGAGGAGCCUGGAUAAUGAUAUUUACAUCUUCACACCGUCUUUACCGUUACCAGACAAUGACAGCCAUGCAAGCGAGACCAUUUUAGUGAGCAAAGCAGUGGAUCUUAGGAUAAAUGGAGUGACGCUUAAACCAGCAGUGGUUGGUGUGAAACUGGACAUCACAAAUUGGAUGGAAAGCUUCACAAAUGCUACCGAGAAGUCUAAUUGUAAUGAUGAGAUAUGUGGCUGCAAAAGAAAUGAUCAGAACAUUGACUGCGUGCUCCUAGACGACGGGGGAUUCUUAGUCAUGGCCAAUCAGGAUCAUUAUAUCGAUAAGAUCGGCCAGUUCUUCGGUGUGAUUGACCCCAUUCUGAUGAUCAACUUGCUGAAUGAGUCUCUGUUCUCCUUCAACAAAACCUACGACUACCAGUCGGUCUGUUACCCCGUCAAAGAAAACAGAUCAUCUGCAGGCCUCAGAUCAGUAUAUGUGCCGACCAUAGCGGAUAUACUGAAUGUGGGCUGGUGGGCCUCUGCAGCAGCCUGGUCAAUACUGCAGCAGCUGUUUGUUAGCAUAACGUUCCCUAAUUUCCUGGAAGCAGCGGAGACAGAUGAUGACGUCUUGGAGAAAGAAAGCUGCAUCACUGAACAGACUCAAUACUUCUUUGCAAACAAAGAGAGAAGCUUCAAAGGAAACAUGGAGUGUGCCAACUGCUCCAGGCAGUUCAUUGCUGAGAAGCUAUUGAAGACCAAUCUGGUGCUGAUUAUUGCAGAUGCUAAGGAGAGCUGCAAGACGUGUGAUGUAAAGCCGCUCAUCCAGGCUGAGCAGCCCUCUUCAGGUCCAGACCCCUGCGAUAUAGCCAACAACCCACGGUACCGGAAAGGUCCGACUGAGUGCUUUGACGACAAUGAAAGUGAACAGGGUGUGGACUGUGGCGGGGCGUCCGGUCUGAUUCCACCCGUUUGGCUCAUGGCCAUCUUUCAGCUGCUGCUGCUCUGGUGCCUGAGUGGACUAGGAUGCUGCCCAUCGUGACCUCAGCCUAGAGACGCCCCCCCCCUUGAUGACGCCAAAAUCCUUGACCGAAUCCUGCCACACAAGUUUUUUUAUUCGAAUCCUGGGCACCAACGUGCCUGGUUACGACGAGGAAGCCUUCGACCCAGGAAGCAAAGACUGAUGAAGUGUUCGCUCAUUGCCUAGAAGUCACGGUGGGUCAGCAGAUGACAAAUGAGCUACGACCUUCGACCUUUGACCUCUGAGGCCAGUCUCGGCCCACGUGGGCAACAGGGUGGACAGCCUUACCUUUACCCCAGCAAAACAGAGACCCUCUACCCGCAUCCACCUACACCAGUCAUGACUGAUAUCAUCACUGCCAAAUACACUGCUCUCUCCUCUGCCUGUCUGUUUUGUCAAUUUUAUAACAUCUGUUCCUUUUCUUUGGUUUUCUUGAGCAUCUCAUAGAGGCUAGUUGCUCAGUAUUAUUAAUGUUAAUGUUUUGUCUUCAUGGGCCCAUGUUUUUUAAAUUUUGGCCAUCUGGUUGGACCGUAGAGUAAACUGGGUCCAUGUCCAUUUCAGAAAAGUUGCUGAAAAAAGUGGUCGAAACACUGAGGUCCCAAAAUAGACCUUUGAGGAAGUGCCAUCAUUUUGCAGUUUGCCAUUAGCAUCUGGACAAGCCCCGGGUCUGAACUGUUUUUGUCUGUUUAGAAAAAUAAAUGACAUUUCUUGGAAAAUCCCUGUGAUGCUCUAUGGUUAGCCGAAGAGUCCAAAGCCUAUACAUUUAAUCCUUCAUAGAUUUUCACCCCCAAAUUUCACUGUGUAAUUUGAAUUAUGUGGUUGUCAAAGUUUCUGUAUAAUUAAGUGAAAAUGAUUCAAAGUAGUUUGAUGUGAAAUGGUACAUUGUAGAGAAACUUGCCAGUUUAGGUUUCUUUACAAUGGUGGCGAUAAGAAAUGGGUAAUGAUGAUAACAGAAUAAAUAUAACCGUUUAAUUUAUUAUACAAAAUCAGUGAAUCUAUAAACUCUCAGAAAAAAGGUAUGAAACUAACCGGGGCAGUACCCCUCUUGUCACUGGGGUGGAACCCUCAGUACCUUUUGUCAGGGAACAUAAUAUGGUACAUCAUAUGUACCAUAAUCCUUUGAAAUUAUAUUGUCGUGUAUUAUAAGUUGUAUUGACUCCACACACCCCCUCUCGUCUCUUUUUAAAUGAUCAGGUUUUGAAAAGGUACAAAUAUGUACAUUUCACCUGGAAAACUUAUUUAAGGUUCACAAUUGGACUUUAAAACCGCUGCUGUACCUUUGAGGGCAUAUUUACAUUGUUUGUACCUUGAUGAAUGAAAAAUGUACCUGCCCAGAACCUUUAUUUCUAACAGUGUACGUGUCUCCUAGAUUUUUAUAUGUUGAGAAUAGAAAAAUGGAGGCAACACUGAAUAGAAAAAGAAGGCUAAAAUAUUAAACUCACCAGACGUCUGGUUCCUAUCACCACCACUGUGAACAAUUCUGGCUGUACGUUUCUCUAGAAUGGAGGAUUUCACACCAAACCACUCUGAAUGACUUUGUUUACAUAUUAAUUAUAUAAUUAUGCAAUUGGAAGAAUUCCCCUUUAAGUAGUCUGCAUAUAUGUGCAAACAUUCCUGUGUGUUUAAUAAAACUGGCAGCCAAAAAUACCAUGAAACCCAAACCAGCAAGCUUCAUCAAGUGUAGUAGUUCUGUGUCUUUGUCAGUAACAGGCUACAGUUUGAGUAGCUGGUGUUGUUAUAUAAUAGUGCUGAUUUUAGCCUGGCUUUGAUGUAACUUGGUGAUGUCAGUUCAAUGCACAAGAGUUUGUUAACUUGCUUUUAGCAUAUAUGACCUUAAUAACCUCACAAUUCAGAGGACUCAGUGACAUGCGGGGGAAUAUGUACGCAGGACAAAAAGUGUCACGUUUGUGACUUUUUUGUUUGUCACAGCAGCUGUUUUCAAAAAAGCUGUUCAUUUAUCCCCAUAGGGAAAAAUGGUUAAGACCCAGAGUCCUUAUUUGGACGUCACUGACUGCAAAAUGACACAUGACCUCAGGGGUGUAUUCCCUAGUGAUGUCCACCUCAGUGCCUGUGGAUUCUCCUGUUUUUAACCAGUAGCUUAUUGCUAUGUCCUCCAUCACUCUAGUCAUGGCUGUUCUGUAGGCCCUCUACUCCACGGCCCUGGAACAGUUUACAUCCACCCACUGUGCAUUAAUAAGUGCACCUGCCAAAAAAUAGCUCCCCGUCCGCCCCCUCUAUGUGUGGGCUUGCCAUGUAGUUGGUCCACUUUUUAUCUUGUCCAAACGGCGGCUUAUUGGCUCCAAAUUAAAAGCUUGAGGGGUUUAACUGUGUACGGCAGGAAUAGCUACACUUAUUUUUAAUUAAUGAGGAAGGGUGUUGUUGCAUGUGAGUGAGUUUAGCUAUGUUUAUUUAAGCAAAAAAAAGUGGAAAAUGGCUCUCACUGAAGAGUUUUUGUGCUUGCUACUGUAUCUUUAUAUGUGAUACUCAUUUUGAUCAGAAGAGGUUUUUUUAGAUUAUCAUUAAUAUGUUUAUCCUUUCCAAACUUGUUGAAUCCAUCAAAAGCAUUGUUUAUUAAUUUGGCAGGAAGCUAUUUUAGUAAUGUUAAAACUGCUCUUCCAAGGUGUAUUUUCUGUUUCUUUUGUUAAUUUAUCCCUGUCUUUUGGGUUCAAGAUGUCUUCUGAUCUGAACUGUUCUGUCUUUGCUGUGUGCCUUGAUGUGUUCACACCUUUUGAAAUGGUGGAAAGGUAUUUCUGAGAGGCGCUGGUUUCAUUGUUUACUAAUAGAGUUGCAUAAUGUUAUGCAAUGGAGCCCAGCCCUGGAAAUCUACUGCGCUGUUUAGUGUUUUGCACCAUCCCUAACCCAACACACCUGCCUCUAAUAUUCACGUGCUUAGAAGACCUUGGUUAAGUGUGCUAAAGUACGCUCCCUUACGUUAUGAAUUCUUUAAGAAAAAUGCCUGAUAGGUCAUAAAAGCUACUUCAGAUUCUUUAAAGCAUACACACUCUGAUGUAUGUAAAACAGAGGACAUUGCAUAGAAUCACCAGUAGCAAACAUGGCUAGUUUAUAAUACAUGAAAAUAUUACACCUUUAUUUUAAGUAACAUAAUGAGACGAGUUGUUUUCUAUGUAAUUACUGUGCAAUGUAACCACCUUCUAGUAAUUUCAGUGGAGGCAGGUUACAGUAUGUAGUCUGACCAUUGGGAUUCUGACUUAGUACUAAAUCUAAAGAUUCUGGCUGGAAAACUGCCAACCUUUAAGAGAUCUUACGGUGAGAAUAGUAAUGCAUAGUAAUUACUAGGUUUAAAAGCAUGCAUCAUUUCCACAUGAAUACAGUAUAGUACAUCAUCACAAGUAGGUACACUGAAAGACAGAACUGUGUUGAUGUAUUUUAUCUAUAUAUUUAUGUGGAAGUGAUGUACACAUUUGAACUCACUAUGUCCAUCGCUUUACUUUUUUUCAAUGAAAUUAGAUCUGUGUGCCUCGAAGAACAUAGGACCAAACUCUGGAAUCCAUGAGGUAAUCCCAAACAACAGGAGUAAAACCAUAAACAAAGGCAGUUUAACAAGAUUACUGUUUAUUGUGUGCAUGUUUCUAGAGAACGAUUAAAAAUGACAAUCUGUAGCAAGUCACUGGAUAAUUCACAAUUCAGUUGUUGCUUUUUUCUUUGGGUUUGUGUUUUUCAACAGGGAAGGGAAGCACUAAAUGCCCAGCUGUUGUAUUUUAUACUUUAUGUAAUAGUACUUUGAUUGGAAUAUAUGCAGUCUGAGCUGAGACGCCUGCGUCAUGUGGAUAUUCGGGGGUGUUCUUGGCAAAAUGUUCUAUUUGCAUCAUUGUCAGACCUGAUUUCGGCCUCUUAAUUGGCCGUGAUAAAAGUUUGGGUUGGCAACAUUGAUUGCCUUGAUUAAUUUGGUUAGAAGGUCACUGAUGAUGCUCAUGGAAUUCAGCAGAAACAGGCCUUAAAAUUCUUUUGGUAGCGUCAGGGGCUUUUGAUGCACCAUUUCCUGUGGUCACUGGAAGAUGUGUCGUUAAUGUGGCGUGCACACGAUUGAGCAAUGCGGUGUUGCCAUCAAUGACUGCACUGUAAUUAGGCAUGCCUUUUUGAGUCAUGCUGCGUAAAUCCAAGUUUUCCAUUCUCCUGUGUUAUCUGUUAUCUCCUGAGAGUUAUGGCGAGAUAAGCUUGAUUACAAGAGUGCUUAGAAUUAUUCAGUACUUUGUUAGAAAUAAAAUAACAGGGUGCCAAAAAAAGGGAAAUGUGGGAAAUUGUAGUAAAAGAACAGAACAUCUGUUGACUCAAAAUUUUUAUAAUAGACGUGUAUUCGAUCCUAAGUGUCAAUGGAUAUUCUGCUCUUUUCUAAAUACAGGGAAGAAUUAUUGUCUAUAGUAAAUCAGCCGUGCAACACAGUGAGAUUAGGUUAAAAAAAUGCUGGAGAGUUCCAUUAAAGAACCACCUGAUGAAAGGUUCUUUAAGGAACAGAAGAUACUUCUCCAAAAACUGUUCUGGCACCUUUAAUGAUAUUUGUAUGAUUAUUGUUUUUAUUUUUUAUUAUUCCAAUCAUCUGCCAGACUAUGAUUAUACAGAAUCAUUGCAUCAGACAAUACAACUCAAACCAGCCCUCAUACCAUAUCGGUGACUGUGUAACAGUUAAAUUAAGAUUCAAAAAUCGAGAUUCCAUAUAAAUUUGUUUCAUCAAUGUUAUGUGUCAAGAUCAUACUAUAAUAAAGCAUCGACUCUUCAGGUCCUAUAUCUACUGGAGAUCAAUAAUAGUAAGUGCCAUAUAACUCUCUGUCUCUUUGUCUAACUCUGUCUUUCUCUUGCUCUCUUUCUCUCUUUAAAACAAGGAAACCUUUAUGAACAUGUGAUGACAGUAAAACCUUUAAAUGCAAAGCUCUUCAAACUUCAGACCUUUUUGAUAUGCUCUUGCUGGUCUGCAUGUAAUUGUGAUGGCAGGGAGAAUACUGUGUGUGUUUGUGUGCUCGUGCACGCUUUUACCAUGGUGUGCAAAUGCGAUUUUGAGAUGUUUACUGCUGUUGGUGUUCGACAAUGUUAAAUCACUUGGGUCUCAAUUUCACUGCCUUUCUCUUGGGGAGACAGCAUUUGGUUAGGACCCUUCCAUAGACAAAUUCAUCAGUGUGGAGGCCAAGAUUUUUCUGAACAGGAAUGGUCCACAAAACUUGUAGAAUCAAACAUCCAGUACCCUAGCAGCAAAUCUAGUAAUACAGGAAUGGGCCACCAAGCUUGUAUUCCACUCAGCUAGUAACCCAGGAACAGUCAACCAAGCUUGUACGUUCAAACAUCUAGUACGCUAAGAGAGGUCCACCAAGCUUUCAGGUUCAGACAGCUAUUAACUUAGAAACAGUCCACCAAGCUUUCAGGUUCAGACAGCUAUUAACUUAGAAACAGUCCACCAAGCUUUCAGGUUCAGACAGCUAUUAACUUAGAAACAAUCCAACAAUCUAGUAACCUAGGAGCAGUCGACCUAGCUUGUCCGGUCAAACAUCUAGUAAUGUAGAACCAUCCACUAAGCAUCUGCUGAUGGAGGAACAGUCCAUCAAGCUUGUAGGUUUAAACAUAUAGUAAUGGAGGAUCAGGCUACCAAUCUUGAAGGUUCAGACAUCUAGUAACAGAAGAACAGUCCACCAUACAGUUUCAAACACAAAGUACGCUAGGAACAGUCCACCAACCUCAUAGAUUGAAACAUCGUGAAAGCUAGGCACAGUCCACAAACAUUGUGUGGUCAAACAUCUAGUAAGUCCACCAACCUUGUUGGUUCAAUCAUCUAGUGAUGUAGGAACAGUCCACCAAGCUUGUGAAGUCUGUUAACCUGGGAACAGUCCACCAAGCUUGUCUGGUCAAACAUGUAGUAACGUAGAAAGAGUCCACCAAGCUUGUGAAGUCUGUUAACUUGUGAACAGUCUGCCGAGCUUGUAGGUUAAAACAUAUAGUAAUGUAGGAACAGUCAAUCAGUCUAGUAACCUAGGAACAGUCCACCAAGCUUGUGGAGUCAAACAUCUAGAAACCUUGGAAUAGUUCACAAAGUGUGUGUGUUCAAAUGUCAGCUGCCAUAUCUGAUGAGAUCUGUAGACAAUAAAGAAUUGGGUACAGGGUAUAAUGUCUUGACUAAAAUGCUUUAAGAGACAUUUAGAUGGCCCUGAAAUGCUGCUUAAAAUUAGGGAAGGAGAAAGACCAAAUUCACCACUGCUUUCCAAAUGAAAGCAGAGGGAUUUUACCCUUUUGAUGCAAUUGUUUGCAAAAGUGCCGCAAUCACAUGCUGUCACCUCAGGAACAGAACAAUUGCAAAAUGUUACUGAACGUGUUUUGAUGCUGACGGCAUUGGUGCUCUUUCUCUGGGUUUUGCUUUUCCUGGACUUCUCUCUAAAGAUUCUCUAAAUCUAUUUUUAGUGGAAUGUUCCACUCUGCUUCCAUCCUUCAGAAGGCUGUUGACUGGCAUCUUUGCCAAUAGUUGCUGAAUGCUGAUUGCCCUUAAAACAGAACAUUAUCCAGUCUGUCCAUCAACCUGUCUUGACCAGCCUCCACAGGCUAGGUGAUCGCUGGGCUUCUCGUCCGUCUCUGUGCUGUAAUACAUUUAUCUUUAAUUUAUUCAUUUUUGGUUUGCCUGAAUCAAAUGGUGUGUACAUUUGUAUGAUAAUGUUAUACAAAAAAAGAACUAUUUAUAAUCCCAGAAUUGUGUCAAUUCAUGUGCAAAUACUAGUAUAUUCCAAAUAAAAAGGUUUAUCAUUAUUA